AUGUGGGGAUCACCAUCAGAUGGCAGUGCCACAGGGGGGAGCGCUAUCUUUAUGAACUUGCUCAACGAGGAAUUCAGACGGAGGGGCCACCGAGUUUUUGUUAUCAGCAAUGAGAAUGGGGAAAAGCAAGUCAAUAGGAAAAGAAUGUCCCCAAAAGAUUUUCAUCUGCACAUACUAAAUCAGAAUCAGUACCCAGCAAAGCUGUUGCCCAAGUAUUUGAAGGCUGGUGCGAAAGGGAAGAAUACACGAGUCAUUAUGCGUUCUGAUGGCCCCUUUGCAUUGCAUCGGCAGAAAGUUCAACAAGACGAAGCACUUUUAAACACAGUGAUAAAGUACUGUGAUAUUCUCAUUUUCCAAAGUGAUUGGAGUCGUCGGGCAACAGAAAAGCACGUUUCAUACUACAAAAAGGUACCAAGUCGAGUUCGAAAAGUGAUAAUUGGGAAUGCUGCAGAUCCGUUUACUUUCUUUCCGCCCACCCGGGCGAGACACGUUCCCUCGAAUGGGAGGAUUCGCGUUGGAACUUCUGUUUGGUCAACUGCAGAACGCAAAAACUUUGAUUUGAUUGAGAAGAUUGUUCCAUUCUUGGACCCCAUUGAAUAUGAAUUGGUUAUUGUAGGGAGGGUUCCAGACAAUUUUGACAAAACAUUAUUUGAAGAGCGAAAUUUCACACUCUACCCACCAAUGAACCAGCGCGAACUGGGUAUCUUUCUACGAACUCGUGUCGAUGCUUUCUUGGCACCUUCAUG